AUGUUGUUGGGCUGGACGGCAAAGAGGACUGGGAAGAACUUGGAGCAUCACGUACAGAUGCCAAAAGCAUUGUCAGCUUCCUCGAGAGACAGCAGCCAGGUAACGAUUUCAGAUACAGAAGUGGGGGAGGCUAAGCGUGACAUGUAUAGGAAAUUCGAUUGGCCACCGCAUUAUCGGAAUUUACCAUAUGUGAUUGCUAUUGCAAUCGGUGGUGACACUAUAGUCUUUAGCAAAUUCACUCGUGCAAAGCUCUUUAUUGAUGAAUUGAGCUUAAAUCUAUCCUCAGUUAAAGAUCGAAUAAGAUGUGUGCAAGCAGCCAUAAAUAUUGGUCGUUAUUGCAAAUGGGCCUUUAAAGAAGUAGGGCCAGAACCGUUCUAUCCAUUUGGCAAGACUAUUGACCGCCAACCUACAGAUUCAGAUGUCUGGGGUACCCGUCUUACAAUUAAUUAUUCUUCAGUAUUGAAGGUUUUCUACUCAAUGAAAAGUUCAGAAAUUCAGAGAGUACACAAUUUCUAUGCGACAAAUCGAGAUAUUCCUUUUCUUGAAAAAGCGUUACGAAAUGAGAUCAAAGGAAAUAAUCUCCAUCUUGAGCUUAUACCAGUCGGCCUUCCAUUUUCACCUACAAACCUUGCCACUCUUCAAGUUGCCAUGUAUUGCUUCCUUCAUGCCUUGGCUAAGGUUCACCAAAAUGGCUGGUCCGUUAUUGACAUCAGACGGCCAAACACCAUUGAACACGAUGGUUGCUAUUAUAUUAUUGACGCUGGUGAAUUCGCUCAACAGCACAAUUACCAGAUUCAUAGUGAGAUAUUGAAAAGAUUUGAUACAAACUCUGUACUAAGCCGCCCUGCUCGUGAUAUCUAUAUGGUGAAGGAGAUGAUGAAGGAAGUGGAAGAGAUCUGGAGAUAUAAUCCACAUGCAAUUGAUUUCAUGAGAGAGUUGGAUGAGUGUUAUCAGAAGGAUAGCCUUGAAUCUAUAUUGAAAUGUGAAUUUCUUAUUGCACCAGCAGAACAGAGAAUUAAGGAU